GCCAAGAUGGCGGAGCUGGGUAAGAAGUACUGUGUGAACUGCUUGGCGGACGUUUCGAACCUGCGGCUUCGCUGCACGGACUGCGUGGACAUCGAGCUGUGCCCCGAGUGCUUCUGCGCGGGGGCGGAGAUCGGGACGCACCGCAGAUGGCACGGUUAUCAGCAAGUGGACGGAGGCCGCUUCACUCUGUGGGGUCCCGAGGCUGAGGGAGGAUGGACCAGCAGGGAGGAGCAGUCGCUGCUCGAUGCCAUCGAACAGUACGGGUUCGGGAACUGGGAGGACAUGGCGGCCCAUGUGGGCGCCUCUCGGACGCCUCAGGAGGUGAUGGAGCACUACGUGACCAUGUACAUCCACGGCAACCUGGGCAAGGCGUGCAUCCCCGAGGUGAUCCCGAACCGCGUGACCGACCACACGUGCCCGGGCGGGGCGCCGCUGUCCCCCAGCCUGACCUCGCCGCCGCUGCCGCUGGACCUCACGCCGGCCGAGCAGCAGCAGCUGGGCUACAUGCCCCUGCGGGACGACUACGAGGUGGAGUACGAGCACGAGGCGGAGCUGCUGGUCAGCGGCCUGUCCAUCAACUACGACGACGAGGACGUGGAGCUGGAGAUGAAGCGGGCGCACGUGGACAUGUACGUACGCAAGCUGCGCGAGAGGCAGCGCCGCAAGGACGUGGCGCGCGACUACGGCCUGGUCCCGGCGUUCCUCGGCAAGGAGAAGAAGGACAAGACCGGCGUGGGCGUGGGCGGCGGCGUGGGCGGCGGCGGCGCCGGAACGGCUCCGCCCGCCGCCGGAUCGGCGCCGCCGGGUCCGGGGAAGCGCAAGAUCACCAAGGAGGAGCGCGAGCAGCGGGUCAAGCUGCGGGCGCUCUGCCAGUUCAUGGCGCAGCGCGAGUUCGAGGACUUUUUCGAGAACAUGCACAAGGAGCGCACGCUGCGGGCCAAGGUGCGCGAGCUCCAGAGGUACCGGCGCAACGGGAUCGCCCGCCUGGACGAGUCGACCGAGUACGAGGCCGCGCGGCACAAGCGCGAGAAGCGCAAGGAGAACAAGAGCUCCAAGCGGGGGAGCGGAGGAGGAGGAGGAGGCGGCGCCGGAGGUGGGGCGGGGGCCGGAGUCGGGAUCGGGGGCGGGGCUAACUCGGGAAGCGGCGCCAACGCGGGCGGCGGAGCCGGCGGCAUCAAGGAGGAGGGGAAGGACGGCGAGUUCUCGGCCAUCGAGCACCUGACGGGCUUCGAGCUGCUCUCCGACCGGGAGAAGCUGCUCUGCACCUCGCUGAACUUGAGUCCCAGUCGAUACUUGACGGUAAAAACCAUCAUAAUUAAGGAUCAUCUGCAGAAGCGACAGGGCGCCCCGGCUAAGAGCCGCUUACCGGGGUACCUGGACAAGCUGCUGAAGAGACGCAUCCUGAACUUUCUCACCGAGAGCGGCUGGAUAUCGCGGGACGCCGCCUAGCAUGUUUCUCUCUUCUCUUCUUAACAGGAACUCUUGAUGAUAUCCAGCGCGGUAAAAGGAAAAAGGCUUUCAGAGGAGCGUGUCUGUAUAUAAAUGUAUAUUUUUGCUAUUGAAAGGUCGGUUUGUUUUUUGUAAUUGUUGAUCCUGGAACUGUUAAUAUUUCGUAUGUUUCCUCGUCAAAAUAAAAGCUGGACUCCC